AUGAACGAGUUCGAGCGUGUUAGCCGAAAUAUUGUCCGUACCUUUUACGAUCCUCUCCCUUCAAACGAUUCGAACUCGCCCGUCUGGUGUCUCGGAGAGCAAUACUCAUCAAGGCCACCACCAGCACCAGCACAUGCGAGCCCACCUUCUCACUACAGCACACACGUUUCUGCCACGCAAACUGAUCGAGCUUCCGGUAAAGAAGACGAUAGUUGGAUACGUACAAGCUUAGAAGAAUCGGAGCGCAAGGAAGCAGCACUUGCAGCCAACGGAGAGGAUCCGUCCCAGUAUGGAGGCUGGCCGCACACAUUUCUGGACGACUUCGAAUCACGCAUAUGGAUGACCUACAGAUCUGGCUUCGCCCCUAUACAGAAGAGUCAAGAUCCGAAGGCAGUCGCAUCCAUGAGCUUCAGAGUACGCAUGCAGAACCUGGCCCAAUCUGCCUUCACAUCUGAUGCUGGUUUUGGUUGCAUGAUCAGGAGCGGGCAGAGCAUACUUGCAAAUGCCUUGUUAGAUCUGCGUCUAGGGAGAGAUUGGAGGCUCGUCAAUGCUACACCCCAACGAAAUGACCGAGAAAUACUUUCACUAUUCGCCGACGAUCCUCGGGCCCCCUUCUCGAUCCACCGAUUUGUUCAACAUGGCGCAGCUGCAUGUGGCAAGUUUCCCGGAGAAUGGUUCGGUCCCUCAGCGACGGCCCGUUGCAUCCAAGACCUUGCCAAUGCAUACGAGGGUACGGGCCUCCGUGUUUACAUAUCGGGAGAUGGCGCGGACGUCUACGAAGACAAUCUGAAGCAAUUAGCUGUCGACGCGAAUGGAAAAUUUGUACCGAUGUUGAUACUGGUGGGGACCCGACUUGGAAUUGACAAAAUCACCCCCGUAUACUGGGAAGCGCUCAAAGCAGCGUUGCAGAUGCCCCAGUCGAUUGGUAUCGCAGGAGGCCGACCCUCAGCAUCCCACUACUUCGUCGGCACCCAAUCGAAUGAUUUCUUCUACCUUGACCCACACACAACCCGCCCGCUCCUGCCCUUUCGUAAUAGCCCGGCAGAGUACCACCCGGAUGAGGUAUCAUCUUGUCAUACCCGGCGAAUUCGCCGAAUCGAGAUCCGUGAGAUGGACCCGUCGAUGUUGAUUGCAUUUCUGGUGAAGGAUGAGGCAGAUUUCGACAGAUGGAAGGAGGCCGUUGUAAGCGUACAAGGCAAAGCGAUCGUUCAUAUCAGUAAGAGUCAGCCGCCACCACGUGGUGUGGAGCGCGCGGGCGCCGUGGACGAAGUCGAAAGUUUUGAUGAG